GAGCGUUCUUUGCGAUGACCUCAUCCCUGGUGUGGGAUGACGUCAAAUUCAAGAUGGAUGGAAUCACGACUAGCGCGCAGAAAUCUACACAACACUGAAUAAAGUCCCGGCUGUGUGGAGGAAAGACCAUACUGACGACGGGCAGGCUAUGGAGAGCCUAGUGCAUUACAGCAAUCCCUCCCAUGCACUCUCAGUGUUAGGGGCUCUGAAUGAGCAGCGCCUGCGGGGCCAGAUGUGUGAUGUUGUCCUGGUUGUGGCAGACCAGAGGUACCAGGCCCAUAAGAGUGUUCUGGCGGCCAGUAGUGAGUAUUUCCAGUCCCUCUUCACACGGAUGGAUGCAGACUCGCUGAAAGUUGUAAACCUGGACUUUUGUGAGCCUGAUGCCUUCGAAAUUGUUCUGAAUUACAUCUACUCCUCCUCACUUUUUGUUGACAAAGGCAGUCUGGCAGCCAUUCAAGAGCUGGGCUAUAGCCUUGGAAUCCCUUUCCUUACCAACAUUGUGUCAACAAGGCCACAUGCAUCCUACUGUGUGUCUAGAAAAAGGCUUUCAUUCUCAGAAGGAGAUGAGAAUGAUGUCCAGACAAGGAGUGUCAUUGUGUAUCGGGUUCAGAAUGACAGAACACAUCCCUCUCGCUCAAAUUAUCAAAGGAAAACACCAGAGAGAUCAUCAUCUCCCCACUCUACUAGAGAGUCAUCCCAGCUUCCAUCUGAACACAACUCAUAUGAAUCAGUUAGAGACUUUGAAUCCGUCAGUAGGAAAUCAUCUGAACAGAGUGAACCUGCUGAAAAGAAGUCCACCUAUCCGUACACCUCCAUAUUAAAAGGGAAUUCAUCAAACAUCACAUCUGUUAGGCCCCAGCUGACAUCCUCAGUGUCUUUCAGUGAUGCUGAAGUGCAGCAUGUCAGGCUGCAGUCUGACACUGAUCUGGACACUAAAGAGGAAAAUGAGGAGCAGGAGCACCACUAUCACACCAAAGUGCCCUUUCAGGGUCAGGCCAGCGAGCCCAGCCAGACCAUUGACAGGAGCGGGCCACUCAUAAAAAGCCUACUCCGAAGAUCAUUAUCCAUGGACAGCCCUGUUCCCGUCUUUUCACCAACACUGGAGCUCAAGGAGCUGCAAAAUCGUGAACAAUCAGUUGUUAAAAUGGCAUCAAAAGCAUCUGGGCCAGAAACAUCUGCUCACAAUGGCAAUUCAAAAAGAACAUCUCCCCUGGUUCUCAGGUCAAAGUACCCCAGUAGGUAUGAUGAAGAAACUCAGGUAGAAAGAAAGGUCAGUGUGAAAGCUGAGCCCAGCAGUCCGCUUGCUGACCCCAUGGACAUUAUUCGAAUCACAGUUGGAGAUGCAUUGCCAGUCAAUCUUAAAGACUUGCAAACAAAUUAUGACCAAGGUUCCAGGUCAGACUUCAGUUCUGUUGGAAAAAGAAAGGAAAGGCCAGACAACAGAAGAUACCCAUUCAAGAAGAGCAAAAUAUUUAAGGAACAUUCCCUCUCUCUUGAUGGGAGCAUGUCAAAAACAGUACCUCAGAGUGCCAGCAAUGAUUCUAAUGAGAACAGUGGGGAGCCACUUCAGAACAAAAUUUUCAAAUGCUGGAAUUGUUUAAAGGUUUUCAGGUCCAGUGCUGGACUACAUCGCCAUGUUAAUAUGUAUCACAACCCAGAAAAGCCGUAUGCUUGCGACAUCUGCCACAAGCGCUUCCAUACCAACUUCAAAGUGUGGACUCACUGCCAAACUCAGCAUGGUGUAGUACAAAACCCAGCCUCAUCCUCCAGCUCCUCUGUACUGGAUGACAAAUUUCAGAAGAAGUUGAUAGAUAUUGUGCGAGAGAGGGAAAUAAAGAAAGCUUUGCUUUGGAAGUUAAAGAGGAAUAAGCAGGGUUUGCAAUCUCCUGCACUCACCAAAAAGAGAUCAAGGCUCAGCUUCAUAUGUCCUUACUGUGGGAAAGUAUUUGUGUUCCAAUCUCAAUACAGACAGCAUUUAAGGACGCAUCCUGCUGAAAAAGCUGACCAGGAGACAGGGAGCGAGAGCGUUCUCUAUCAGGAACAGGAUGAGAUCAUUCAGCAGAAGGAUACAGACGCUGGUGUUUACUCCUGCAGACUUUGUAAUAUGAAGCUGUCUUCACUCUUUGAACAGGGUGACCAUGAGAGAGGCUGUCGACAUGCAACUGUGUGCCCCUACUGCGGCCUCCGCUUCUCAAGUCCAACAGUCAAGAAGGACCACGAGGCGCAUUGUAAGUACAAGAAACUGACGUGCCUGGAAUGCAUGCGGACCUUCAAGUCCUCCUUCAGCAUAUGGCGCCACCAGGUGGAAGUCCACAACCAAAACAUGAUGACUGUUAAAGACCAGUUUCACCAGAAGCAACAAGAGAACAAUGAACAGAUGUCUGAAAUGCCCAGAGAGGAGCAUUAUAGUGAUGAGCCUCUAGCACCCAGUAGCUCAAGAGAGAACAUAAGUUACAGUGACUCCUCAGGUCCACCCUUGUAUGAUUCAGAAGACUCUUCAUCCUAUGUGCCUGAGGACCUAAGCAUGGGCCACCACGGCAAGCUGGUAGUGAAGGAGGAGCCAUUCGAGGAGGCUGUUAGUGAGAGGGAAAACACAGAGUCUGCCAAAAGUGGGCCUGAGGAACCUGGUGUGUGGCCAUGUGAGAAAUGUGGAAAUCUUUUUGGCUCUCGCAAAGACCUGGAACGACACCAGGAGCUGCUAUGCCACAUCAAACCAUUCAUCUGUCACAUCUGCAACAAAGCCUUCAGGACCAACUUCCGUCUUUGGAGCCACUUCCAGUCUCACAUGUCGGCUGCUAACGAAACUGUAGCCAAAGACAUGGACAGACAGCCCUCACCUCUGUCUCCCUCCCCGCCCGCAACUCUUCAAAACUCUCAACGUCGCUCCCCACAGGCCUCCGUGCUCCAGUCCACCCAGACAGCGCCAAUCACUGCAGCAACGGCUGAGGAGUGCAGCAGCCCAGAGCCCUGUAGCUCAUCAGUAAGCAAGACAAAGAGGCCUGAACUAGAACGGCAACCCAGCAGCCACAGCACUCUGUCAAGGUCAAACAGCAUGGAGAGUCCAGGUGGCCCUCAGGAAUCAGACACACUCUUUUACCAUGCACCAUCUCUAUCUGCCCUGACGUUUAAGAGGCAGUACAUGUGUAAACUCUGUCACAGGACCUUCAAGACGGCCUUUAGUCUCUGGAGCCACGAGCAGAGUCAUAGCCACAUGUAAGCACCAGACAAGUUAUAGCAGUGCAUUUUGAGUGACAAUACCUAAUAUAAACACACCUCAGCCUACGAAAGGAAGACUUUGAAUGUAUAGCUUAUUCGCUUGCCUCCAUUGUCAUAUAUUAAAGUGGCCAUGUUCAUUAGAGGUGUUAAACGUGAAUGUGCAAUCAAGUGCUAGAUUCCUCUGUGAGAUGAGAUGAUUACAAAUGGUUUAUUUUUCAGUCAAAGUGAGCUACAAGCAUUUAUCUAUUUUAAACCUGUUUUAGUUAUCUUCUCGUAAUUAUCUAGGUGUUUUUGAGAAAACAAGGUACAGAGUUGCACCAAUCGUCACUUUACAGGUACCACUUUUCACUUGCACGCACAGUGAAAAAGGUACAACUAUAUACAUUGUUUUCUUAGAGUGUGGAACAAAGUGCUUUAAAUUUUUGGAGGCUGCAGUUGAAUUUAAGAGUAGUGCUUUGCUUUUGUAUCAGAUUUAUCUCUUGAUGUGAGUGAUAUAUCCCUUAAGAUAAUAUUGGUGGCCUCAACAAUGUAUUCAAUAUGCACUUUGUUUAACAGUUUGAUUCUGUUAUAGGGGGACGUAGUACGAAAUGUUUGCUUGGAUCCUUUCGCUGAAAUUUUAGGCUGCAAAAGUGGAAAUGAUAAAUAAGACCCAAGAAUUUCUUUUUUGUUUCUUUAUACUUGGCAUUCUUUUACAUUUGUUCUCAUAUUUGUGUUCCUUGUUGCCUUGUAAUUUUAUUUAACAGGCUGAUUGAAUAAGACAUUCAGUAUAAAAAUGAAUUACAUCACGCACUGUAUGUCAAACACACCUCAGACAGGUUGUUUUAGGCAUUGCAUUUCAGUAUGUAGCCUUAAUUAACUGCUGUCUUCACUCAGUGUAUGUAAUUUAUUUUCGUAACUACCAGCCUGGUGUAUCAUUUUUACGUGUAUACAAAUGGAUGAGACAGUGCAGUCAUCAGUCAUAGGAUUUGAGGAAGAUAUUUUUUUCUCACUGGUAAGUAACAAUAACAUUUCUAGGUGUUGUUGAAAAAACUCAUUUGUGAAAGGUGCUCAGAGCAGCUUCAUAGUAAAAAAUAGGGAAAUUGUCAGGUAAAAUAAUGGGUUGGGUUGAUUUGGUAGUAUCCUAAAUACUAGAUAACGUGAUUUAAGUAUUUGGCUCACCAUUAGAAAUCAUUCUGAGAUAUUUAUUGAAAGCGAAGCACACAGCAGCAUUGCAAUGUACUCUUAUAAUGAAGAUAAAAAUUAUUAUAUGAAUUUGUGUGUAUUAAACAUCAUCAUAAUUUCUGCAUCUCUAAAUCUGCAGCCCCGGUGCAACAACAGUGUUAUGUAAAUACUCACAUACUGAUAGACUUUUGCAGUUUAACACAUUUGGUAAUUAACCAAGCUUUACAAUGCUUCGAUGGCCUUAUGCAACUUGAAAAAUACUUUGUCAAUAUUGUUUUACAUAAAAGCACAAUAGAGUUUCAGAUGACUUAUGACUCAGGCUUUUCAAGGUGGUAAAGUCAAGAAAAGGGAGCCAUGGGGAAGCAAAUCUUUUGUUCUUUGAAAUGUUGAAGAGUGUUCCUGCUUCCUAAAGAUUUAUUAUUAAAGAUUGUGUUUUGAUUGUAUUCCAGUUGUUUCACAAUUGUAUUCUUGUACAAGUAUAUAGGCCUACUUCUGCUUUGGCUCGGUGGAUUAGAACUUCGUCAUAAAUUAUUAUGAUUGCUACUAUUUGGGAGAUGUUGCAUUCAAAGAGUGCUCCACACAAACUGUGGGAAUUUGUUUUCCACUAAAUGAGCAACGCAAGCUGCAUUGUGAUGUUAAAUUCUUUGGAGAAAUUCUGUAUUGAUAAUAGUGCUCUUAAUUUCUUGUGAUAAAAGUUUUCUGAAAGUUUCACAGAAAGAUUAGAAUUGUGUAUAUGGAAGUGUUUGUAUCCUCAAUUUUGUACCAAUUUUGUUAGUAAACAAAAGUUUUAUCUUUUUAGUAUUCCUGUGCUCUCACUGCAAUAAUGAAUAUUUGUAUCUGCAUUGGUUGCAUUAUUGUUGCUUUGGAGACUUGCGGUUGUUUUGUGUUGAGGUUUUUCUACAGGUUUUGUGCUUCAUUUCUGUAAUAAAGAAUAACAAUGGGAUAUAUAUAUAU